CUGAAGCGUGCUGGGCGGCCGAUAAAUUCGACAAUCAUCCCGUGCGACUAUCGUGCCCAGCUCCAAACAAUGCUACAACCGGUUGCGAUAAGCCAACGCGUCGAGCACCAGUGUACUCAUGUGUAUGCCUUUGCCAUCAAUCUUGCCAUCUCAUCGCACCACUACAGAUGAUGAUGACGUCGAAUUGGCCGUAGCCAUUGGAUCAGUGUAAUCAUUUGUUCAACAUAUUACAUUCAGCCGUCGCGGUGAGCAGAUCGCCGUAAUCGACCCGGCGUUCGCGACCCUGCGCGCAAUGGACUCCGCGGAAACUAAUGAGCUAACGCGGUGGCCUUCGGUCGAGCGGGAGAGCAUCGAAAAGAUCAAACAGUGGCUGACCACGCAACAACAUCUACCGCAACUCGCAGCGCACGAAAUAGCACUGUUUCUGCACGCCAACUAUGGCAACGAGGAAGCGACCCGGCGCACAAUCGAGAACUAUUACACGCUGCGGACGAGCCACCGGGAAUGCUUUGCAGACCGAGACGUGUUCAGCGAUCCGAUCCAGACGGCACUCAGAAUCAUGAUGUUUACCACGCUGCCAGGAGCAACGAAGGAAGGCUACAAGAUGGUGUACACACGCUUGCUCAUCUCCGAUGCUUCCGAAUUCAAUCACCCGCAGAUUCUAAAGCUCAUGACCAUGUGUCUCGAUCUGUGGGUGCGCCUGGAGGGCAGUGCAAACGGGCACAUUAUGCUGACGGAUAUGCAGGGCAUGCAUCUGGGCCACAUGACCAAGCUGAACAUGGGGGCGGCCAAGAAGCACAUGUUUUACGUGCAGGAAGCGCUACCAAUUCGACUGAAGCAAAUUCACUUCAUCAACGUGGUGCCCUUCAUGAACCGAUUAAUGUUUCUUAUGCGCCCGUUUAUGCGCAAAGAUGUGCAGGAGAUGAUCAAUAUGCAUGUGGAGCUGGGUACGCUACGGGACGCCAUACCUGUUGAGAGCCUCCCCAACGAGUAUGGUGGCACUGCCGGAACGUUCCAGGAUCUGCACGCUUCCUUCAAGGACAAACUGUACGCGAACAGUGAUUGGUUUCGUAGCAUGGAGUCCCGAAAUUUGGUUGAUGAAGCGAAGCGCCUCCCAAAACCCAAAAGGUACCUGUUUGGGCUGUAUGGAUAGCGCAACGUUUCGCCGGCUAUCUUCGUACACUGCAUUCUUCCACCACCAAGAGGCUACAGUUAGUGGGUAUGGGUAGAAAUAAAUGGUUGACAGGCUUACCGUGGAUUCGCGUGGCAGUAAUCUUACGAUCUAUUUUGAGGCAAUGAAUAGGUUUAAUCUUUUUCUGGCGAACCUCCGGGUUGUAUAUCCCGCCGACACUGCGGGCCAUGCAGCUAGGAACAAUACACAAUAGGAACAUUCAAUGCAACAAGAUCAUUUGUAAUGCGUCGUAAACAUUUUAAAUUGGUGUUUGUUACACGGAAGUUGUAAUACCAUACGACAUGUGUGGGUGUAAAGCAAGCAAGCAAAGUUUGUUUAGCUUCUUUACGAUUUUCUCAAUUAUUCUUGUUUUGGCCCCUAUACCCAUUUUAAAGUAGUUUCCUCAGUUGUUUCUUUUUGUAACCGGGUUGUUUUUCAACAUUUUUGAAAUAUUUUGGAAUUUUUGGUAAUGUUGUGUUGUCUUCAAAUACCUGUUUUCUUUUUACAAUCAAUUAAGAACCCUAGGAGGUGGAUAAAACGAUGUUCCAGUAAGCUGACAAACAAGAUUAACAUUACACAAAUGUUUGUUUUUAUAUAAUAUUAUUUUAAACACACUUCUUCUUCCUUGGCACUACAACCUCGAGGGGACUCGGCCUGCCAUUUCUGGCUUUCUGUGACUUAAUUUUACCCGCAGUAAAGUAGUCAGCCAUUCGUACGGGGAGGCGGUCUAGGUGGGAUUUGAACCCCAGUCCUGCCAUGUGAAGACCAGCGCCGUUAUCGCCUCGGCCACCGGACCGCCCCCAAACAUACCACUGAUUUUAUUUCGCUCUAGGCUAGGACGGGAUACCAUCUCUAAACUUAGCUU